GCGGCUUAGUGGCACGUUCGUAUUGGCAGGAAACCACGAAACUUUAGUACGCCUAAAGAGCGGCUGCUCCUUGGAGCAACUACCACGCAGAGUUAUUCUUCAGUCCUUGGCUUAAGGAUGGUAAAGUAGGCUUGGGAUCUUGGUAAUCAUCAUGACGAAUGAAGAUCGCGCCAGCGCUUUUGUUCACGUUUAUCUGAACAAUUCUAUUGUGACCAACACCAAAAAUGACACCGACGUGGUGUCGCGACCCGAAACAUGGGACGACGUCUUGAUUUUAGUUCUCAAAUCAUCGGUGAUGAUCGUCAUCAUGUUUGCUGCGGUGUUCGGCAACACCCUGGUGAUCGUCAGCGUGUUCCGCCACCGGAAACUGCGGAUAACCACCAACUAUUUCAUUGUGUCCCUUGCCUUUGCCGACACCCUGGUGGCGCUUUUGGCCAUGACUUUCAACGCCAGUGUCAAGAUUACCGGCAGGUGGGUAUUCAACCCCAUCACCUGCGAUUUCUGGAACUCCUGCGACGUAUUAUUCUCCACGGCUUCCAUUAUGCACUUGUGUUGCAUCAGCGUUGACCGCUAUUACGCGAUCAUCAAACCUUUGGAAUACCCCAACAAACUGACUGGCCGAGCCGUGGCUAUCAUGCUCUUAUGCGUUUGGGUCUCUUCUGCCUUGAUAUCCUUCAUCCCCAUCUUUCUAGGAUGGUACACGACAGUGGAUCAUCUGAAAUUUAAAGAAAACCAUCCUGACGACUGCUCUUUCGUGGUGAACAAGCCGUACGCCAUCAUCUCGUCCAGUGUAUCGUUCUGGAUUCCUUGCUUCAUCAUGGUUUUCACCUACUGGAAGAUCUUCCUGGAAGCCUCAAAACAGGAAAAAAUGUUGCUGAAGACACAGCCUGGGAUGUACCCUCGACCCAGUACCGAUCACACUGCAACUGGGGAAAUAAACUCCACGCCCCAUCAGAGAAAUUCUCAUUGUGAUGACCCCGAGAGUGGUCAUUCUACUCCCACUAAACGUCACCUGAUUAAGUUAAAACGGGAGCAUAAGGCAGCCAAGACUUUAGGUAUCAUCAUGGGUGCUUUCAUCAUGUGUUGGUUGCCUUUCUUCUUGUGGUAUGUAUCAACAGCAAUGUGUGGAAAAGCUUGUUUCUGCCCCGACAUUGUCGUGGAUACACUCUUCUGGAUUGGUUACUUUAAUUCCUCACUUAACCCCAUUAUCUAUGCCUACUUCAACAGAGACUUCAGAGAGGCCUUUAAGGAAACCCUACUUUCGCUGUUUUGUGCGUGCUGUCCGAUCUCAGUGAACGCCAGUCGUCGAAGAGAAAGCAACGUCGCCCCCAGUAAUAAUUCUUUUCGGUCAACACAGGACAUCGGGUUGGUGGAAAACAAAUAUCUUCGUAAGUGAAACAGGGUUUUUCAAAAAAAAAGAGGGUGUAUUUCAACCAUUUGAUGUCCGCCAUAUUCUUUGCCGACGACGCGUUUUGCUCAAUACCAGAGCUCACCAGACCCGCUAGAACAGACAACACGCUAUUUAUAUAAGCGAUUUUUUAGAAUAAAAAAUGUUAUGGUAUGAAUGCCUUUUGCUGACGAAUCUUGAUUAUAAUCAGUCAUAAGAUAAGCCUAAUACCUUUGUCUUGAAACAACUAUAUCUGAUUAUGGUUACGUUCCUCAGUUUCUCUACUAUAGCCAUUCUUAAUAGCUAAUUGAUCUUAAGUAAUUUGUUUGGAUAAUUUCAGUAAGCACUAAAUAAAUGUAGC